AAAUGCCGCGAGGAAAACAGUGCGCCCCUUCGUCCGUCCGUCCUCGUUGCGUCUGCAUUACAUACACCGUCUCAACAUCAUCCCUCGACGAUGGCGGACUCGUCCUCGCCAUCGUCUGAACUGCCGCCCACUCCUCCAAGCAAGCGGCGCUCGACUCGCUCAAUGUCACCACACAGGCUUUCGGCGUCCACGCGAUCCCUCUUAGGCAACCCUGUCCAUCUCCUCCCGGCAAUCCGCACCACUUCCCACCUCUCCGCACUCGCCUUCUCUACCUUUCUGGUCGUGCACCUGGCUUCGCCCGUCGCCUCCGCUCUCCACACAGGCGUAAGGCUGCUAAGCGGCCAUGCACUCAGCGACGCGGUGGAAGGGAGCACAGAUGCGGCGAAUGGGUACCUGCUGUUGGGCAGGGUUUGGUAUCGGCCCGGGGCUGGAGAGUCAGCCAAGAUUGGGUGGACAGAGAGUGUGAUUGUGUGGGGUAGUCUGGCGGUGCAUGUCGGGUGUGGCAUUGCCAAGAGGGGAAUACUGGUUGGAGAGCAGGUCAAGAGGCGGCGAAGGAGGAAGGCGAAGCGGGCGGGGCUGGAUGGUGAUAUUGAGGGGCGGCAGCAGCAGGACCGAAAGCGAGAUCAAGGAUCCUCAAGCACAGAGUCAGAGGCAACGUCAACGUCACCAUCACCGCCCUCAUCAUCCGCGUCAUCCCUCCCAUCGCCCUCCCUCCUCCACGCCCUCACCGGGCAUCUCCUCGUCCUCCCCCUUUCAGCACACGUCCUCCUCACUCGCCUAGGUCCAGCAGUCCGCUCCCUCUCCGGCAGCGGCCGCAACAUCGAAGUGGAUCACACGCUGGUAGCGCACGGUCUCGUCUCAGAGUCAGGCACGCGCACAGCGGCGAUGAGCUGGGCGGUACUCGUAGGCACGACUGCGCUAUCGGCGUGGCAUGUAGCGAGUGGGACGCAUUUGAUCGGGCAAAGCAUGGCAGCGAAGAGUAAGGCGCGAAGGAGAAGGCAAGCUGCCGCCGCUGGUUUGCCAGAUCCAGCUGCCUCUGCAGCUUCGCCUCCUCCUUCAUCACGCCGCAAACAGCUCGCUCGGACAGCCCAGCCCGCUCUGCUUGGUAGCGCAGCCGUACUAGCGGGUGCGGCGUGUAUAGCCACGGAUUAUGCGCAUGGAGGAGGGCUUGCCGUGGGACCGUGGGUGAAGAGGAGAUUUGAUGAGGUCUAUAGAGGGACUUGGCCGUGGAGUUCGUGAAGGGUAGAGCGGGAAAUGGAAAGGUCCGUAGAGAGGUGUGGCAAUUCGUGUGGUGGGAGUAGGUUCACAGACGAACCUUUGUGGGCAAGCGUGGCUUUGCCUCAGUAGCGCACCAUCCUUCGCGGCACAAAUAAGCAGAGACUGUGACGUCAAAGACUCAUUCUGUAGUAUUCUUCAUAAAAGUGGGUUCUAGCCAGUCAUCAACGAGUCGUGAUGCGAGCUCAAGAAGUGACGAGCGGAGGAGUGGAAGGGAGGAGUGGACGCAACUUGCAAGCGAGGGCAGCGUCGCGCACACAGUCAGAGAGCCUGCGAACGACGCGAUCCCUCCUCUCGGCCCCUCCUGCGUGAGCCGAUGGGGCUCAGAACGGUUUGAUCGAAAUCACUAUCGUCUUCCUCUCCUUCUCAGAGGCACGCGUAC